AUGAAUAGACCGCCACAGGGCCGUGGUCAGCCACGCGUGGGUGCGACAUGGUAUCCAGGGGGCCAGGAUGACUUUUACAUGCCAGAGGUCAUAUCCCCCUCUCCUCAGCGAGUCAUGCCCGAUGUACCGGAGCACAUGCAGGACAACAUUGCUCAGAUGGAGUAUAACACCCGCGACCCCCGCCGUGGUCAGCAGUCACCCGCGCAGCACCAACGCGCCCCGGCUCCGUUCCCCGAGCGAACCUCGUCCGCUGCCCAAGGACCACCACAACAGAACCAGUUUCAAGACCCGAGUUCCUACGCGCAAUCUGCGACGUAUGAUAGCAUGGAUCACCCCAACUUUUCGCCAUUCCCCGUGCUGCGGAAUCCACCACCGAAUGUGCCUCCCACCGAUGAACAGCGGGAAGCCAGUUUAGAACGCGCACGGAUGGCGGUGCUCUCGACUACAGACCCAGAGAUGCAAUUGGCGUGGGCUCUGGACGCGCUAGCUUUUGUUGAGGUGGCGGCGCAGAACGAAGCCCGCCUCUGUUUGACUCAGCCACCGCGCCCGCAGACCCCACAGAUUGAACGGCAGCUGCGGGUCGACGCCAUGAAUAUCGUCGGGUUUUUGGCCGAGCAGCGUCAUCCCAAAGCGGAAUUUAUCAAGGGCAUGUGGCUGGAGUUCGCUAAAUUCGGGUAUCCUCAGGAUCGCAAGGAGGCAUUCCGAUGCUACUCCCGCGCCGCUGAGAAGGGAUAUGCGCGUGCCGAAUAUCGGAUCGGAAUGCAGUUCGAAAGCUCGGGGGAGCCGGAGAAGGCGAUUAGGCACUAUCAGCGGGGCGUUGCACAAGCCGAUUCUGCUUCGUAUUAUCGCCUUGGAAUGAUGAUUCUCCUUGGACAACAUGGCCAAAUCCAGGACUUUAACACUGGGUUGGAGUAUAUUCGAUUGGCAUCUCAGUCCUGCGAUCAAAAUGCACCUCAAGGCGCAUACGUCUACGGUAUGCUUUUGGCUCGCGAGCUCCCUCAAGUGAGCGUCCCAGAAAGUUUUCUUCCUCUUGAUCUAAAUUCGGCACGUGUCAAUAUCGAAAAAGCUGCAUACCACGGCUUUGCUAAAGCCCAAGUCAAAAUGGGUGCUGCAUACGAGCUGUGUCAGCUAAGUUGCGACUUCAACCCGGCGCUGUCAUUGCACUAUAACGCACUGGCAGCUCGCCAGGGCGAGCCUGAAGCUGAGAUGGCAAUCAGUAAAUGGUUCCUUUGUGGACACGAGGGUGUGUUCGAGAAGAACGAUGAGUUGGCAUUUACGUAUGCGCAACGCGCUGCCCAGAGUGGACUUCCCACCGCCGAAUUCGCUCUUGGUUACUUUUAUGAGGUUGGUAUAUUUGUGCCAGUUGAUAUCAAAGAAGCUCGGUCUUGGUAUGCCAAGGCCGCCGCCAGUGGAAACAAGGAUGCAUCGGGUCGGAUUGAGAGUAUCUCGCGCUCCAAGACGCUUUCCAGAAAGGACCACGAGAAGGUUGCGAUCUCACGCAUCAAAUCCACGCGAUAUUCAGCCCAUCAGCGAGGUGGGUCUAUUGAUGAAACACCCGAGAAUAUCCAAAUGCCGGAUCCUUCGCGAAUGAGCUUGUCUGACGGUCCCCCUUCGGCUGCUCCAUACCCCGAUCGUCCCCAAACCUCUCGUCCUCGGCCUCCGGGUCAGGGUUACCAAUUGCAAGAUCCUCGCCCAAGCUCUGCCUUUGGUGUCAACCCAAACCUCCGGACCAAUGGCCCGCCGGGCUAUGGCGGUCCUCCUCCUGGUGGACCGGGAUCCCGUACUCCGUCCUAUGGGCAGGCACCUCCUGGAGCCAUGAGCUAUCGCCAGCCUGGCCCUGGCACACCCAUGAGCGCACCUGCCGGACCAGGAAGCCCCCAGGCUGCCAACAUGAUAAGUCCCAGCGGAACUCCUCGUCUCGAUGUUGGUUAUUCUGCACCAAUGCCCCCACCAGGUGACCGCAGACGCCCGCCGCCACAACUCAACCAGACCCCUCCGGACCGCAAGCCCAUCAGAACUCCUGUCUCUGCCCAGUCUUCUGUCCAGUCUGGGCUGCCUUCACCUAGAACUGCGACCUCCCCACGCCCACCAGGAUCUCCCGGGUUCCCUCCUCGCACAGAAUCUCGGCAGCCAUCUCGAGGAUCGGCAUCCUCCACACCUCAACCACCACCCUCCAUCGCAUCGUCAACCUCCUCGGCACCUCCCAAAUCUUCCGCUGGCAGCACUGCCGGAAGUGUCGCUGGAAAGUCUGCCAAACCCGGUGGUCAGCUGCCAGGCAAGGGACCCAAGACCUUUGAAGAGAUGGGCGUCCCUAGUGCCAAGAAUGACAGUGAUUGCACUGACCACUCGAAGAUGCCUCAAUCGUCUGUGACUACCUGCGCCAGCAAAAGUACGGCUCUAAUCAUCCAGGGCAUUUUCACAGUAACUAACCCUGUCUGGGACAGUCGUCCUUACUCGGCCAUCGAUAUAUCUGCGAAUCUGCACAACAAAGUUACCAAAAGCAAACAGACCGUCUACCAUGCACUGCAAGAUCCUUCGGAUACAGCUACGCCCGAGGCAUCAGCCGCGCUAAGCCGACAUAUUGCAAACCUUCAAAGCCAACUCGAAGAAUUCAAAACCAAUGAAAAGAAGGCCCGAGCCGCUCUGACAGCCUUGGGGGCCAAACCCCGGGUGUCUGAUCUUCGCCAGGAUAUUGCCCGUUUAGAAAGCGAACAAGAGGCGAUCCAGGCCCGCUUGGCAAGCCGCCACGAGGAUAAAACGGUUCUUAUCUCGCCGACCGAAAGAGCAAAACUUGAAACCGAGUGGAAACAAUGGCAGCGACAGGCCGGCAUUCGCCGUCGAAUCUGUCGUGAGCUGUGGGGACAAUGCUCUGAGGUUCUUCCGGAGAACGUGACUGCCCCGGAGCUGUGGGAAUCUUUGGGGCUUGAAGGAACGCUCCAAUAA